UGAGGCCCCGGUGGAGCUAGGGGUUGAAGUUUCGGCACCGAGUCACCAGGGUUCUCUCGGAUUGCCCACUCAAGCCCGCCCACUUUCUUUGAGAGUUUGCCUAUCAUCUUUCUACUGCCCCGGCGAAAAGCUCCAGGGACUGCCUUUGUAAUGACGGCAUCUAAAGAAGGACCAAAGGAAAAUGACGUGUCUCGAAAGACCACUGGCAUCCCCUCUUUAAAACAACCCAUUUCAGAGGUCCCACAAAAUACACCGCUACACUAAGGCCGCAAGUACUUUUGCCCAUAUAAAAUAUGGCGGAAAGCUUUCUGGUCUCCAAGGGAACAUCAGUUCGCUCCCAGGACCCUGGACAGCGGCGGGUGCUGGACAGGGCGGCCCGGCAGCGCCGCAUCAACAGGCAGCUUGAGGCCUUGGAGAAUGACAACUUCCAGGAUGACCCCCACGCAGGACUCCCCCAGCUUGGCAAGAGACUGCCUCAAUUUGAUGAUGAUGCAGACACCGGAAAGAAAAAGAAAAAAACCCGGGGUGAUCAUUUUAAACUUCGCUUCCGAAAAAACUUCCAGGCCUUGCUGGAGGAGCAGAACCUGAGUGUGGCUGAGGGCCCCAACUACCUGACAGCCUGUGCGGGACCACCGUCACGGCCCCAGCGCCCCUUCUGUGCUGUCUGCGGCUUCCCCUCCCCGUAUACCUGUGUCAGCUGUGGUGCCCGGUACUGCACGGUGCGCUGUCUGGGCACACACCAGGAGACCAGGUGCCUGAAGUGGACAGUGUGAUCCUCGGCAGCCCCAGAGAGGAAGGCUCUCCAUGCAUCACCCUGGCCUCGGAGAAGAUAUCACCAAAAGGAAAGGUGCUCCCUGGACCAAGAGAGGAGCUAUUCACUCACCCAACAAAACUCAGUCUGAUUCCCAGGGAAGUGGCAGGGAAGUGGGCCAGCCCUCGGGGUGCUAUCGUAAUAGAAGGUUUCAUGUGAGGAGGCACCUGACUGUUAGGUCACAUGAUGUUUUGGGGGUGAGAGUGAUGGGUCACCUGUUUCUCCUACAUACUGCUCUGUAUCAUUUCCUCCUACCUGUCAAUCACCUCUCCCACUGUCUGUCUGUCUGGAUCCCUGACCAUGAAAGAUUGUGUUGCAUUCUCCCGCCACCCUCAUGUCCUUACACUUCUUGGCUGCUUCUUUAUGUCACUUUUUUCAUUAUUAAUUUAGUUCAUUUGUUUUUGGGUUUUUGUUUCUCUGGUUCCUCUGAGUAUCUUUUAAGUACAGCUAGGUCCCAGGACUGGUGACAGGGAAGUGGAAUGAGGGUUGGAGAUAGGGGUGCAGAAUGAUACUGUGGAAGGAGCCAGCCCUGUUUUCAUUGGGCUCUUAUUUUUGGUGCCACCAUUCUGAGGGAACCGUUGUCCUGAGGAAGCUCUUGUUAUCAGAGGCUGUGGUAUGUGAAAUUAUUAGCAGAGAAAACCCAGAAGUUUCUGGAAAGCAUGGGGGAAUUCAUGGUAUAGAGGCUCCUGUUAUUGGUGGCCCUGGAUGCUGUAACUCUUCUGUAGUACUAGAUCUUCUUACACCCACCCCUUUUCUAAGUGGGUUGUGAGCUGUAAGCAAGUAAGCUCCUUGGAGGUAGUUGUCUAGUACCCUGUUGGAAUAUAGCCAAGUACGUGCUUAGAAAGUAUUUGCUGAUCAAAUGACCUCAAAAGUUACUAAUGAUAUCCGGCAAAGUCAGUGUUAGGCACCUUCUUAGGCUCUUCGCCCACUUUUGGGGAUUUUCUUGGGGCUGGCCCAAAUGUUCUCAGUGUCUUCCUGAGGAACUGCUUGUCCUUUCUCUGGAGACUUGCAGUUGGGCAAGCGGUGUUAGUGACAGCUUUGUGUUGAAUGGUGGUGAGAACAGAGUUUACAGACAGUCCUAAGCGUGGUUUUAAAAAAUGGCUAUACAUUUUUUGACCAUCCUUCCAUCAAACGUGGGGUCUUUGUGCCCUUGGGAUCUGGGAUCUGGGCAGGCUUAUGACUACUUUCACCAGUAGCAAGUGGCAGAAGAGAGACCAUGUGACAUUCAAGGCCAGGUGAUAAAAGGCAGGGAAGCUCCUGCCUUGUCCCCAGGACACUUGCUUUUGGAGUCCUUAGCCACCAUGUAAGAAAUCCAACGGUCCUGAAGGCAACAUGCUGUGAGGAAGCUCAGACUACACAAGAAGCCAGUGCAGGUGCUCCCUCUGACAGGUCCAGCUGACCAAGCCUUCAAGCCAUCCCAGCCCAGGUUUCCAUCAUAGGAGUGAAGAUACUUCCUGAUGACGCCAGCCCCCAGGCACCAAGCCACCCUCAGCCAUUUGAGUCUUUCUAGCUGUGUCCUCAACAUCGUGGAGCAGACACAAGCCAUCUCUGCUGUGCCCUGUCUAAAUUCCUGACCUUCAGAAUCUAGGUGUAUAAUUAAAAGGUUUAUGCCAUUGA